AUGCCCGCCAAGGCUGCUGCUGCUCCUGCGAAGAAGACUGCUGCGCCCACGAAGGCCGCCAAGAAGAAUGCCUCGGCCCCCGCAAAGGCGACGAAGGUGGUGAAGGUGACGAAGCGCAAGGCGUACACGCGCCCGCAGUUCCGUCGCCCACACACGUACCGCAAGCCGGCGAUGGUGAGGCCCAGCAGCAACGUGAGCGCCAUCCCCAACAAGUGGGACGCGUUCCGCGUGAUCCGGUACCCGAUGACCACGGACAAGGCGAUGAAGAAGAUCGAGGAGAACAACACGCUGACCUUCAUCGUGGACUCGCACGCGAACAAGACGGAGAUCAAGAAGGCAAUCCGCAAGCUGUACCAGGUGAAGGCGGUGAAGGUCAACACGCUGAUCCGGCCGGACGGCCUCAAGAAGGCGUACAUCCGUCUCUCCGCCUCGCACGACGCGCUGGAGACGGCCAACAAGAUGGGUCUCUUGUAA